AUGCUUUCUUCCAGAAUUGCUACCCGCUCUUUCGCCUCUGCUGCCUCGCCAGUCAAGUUGACCACCAGAGAGUCCUCUGGCAAGUUGUCCAAGUUGUCCGUUGUCAUCAACGGCGGUUCCAAGACCGGCAAGUCUGGUCUCGCCCACUUGUUGUCCAGAUAUCAGUUCCAAAGAAACGGUGCCAAGUCUGACUUGAGAUUCAUCAGAGAGGCUGAGCUUUUGGGUGCCUCUUUCAACGCUCAGGUCACCAGAGAUGCCAUUGUGCUCAACACUGUCUUUUUCAAGCAAGACUUGCCAUACUUUGUUGAGAGUUUGGCCAACAACUUGAAGUCUGGUGCCUUUAGACCUCAUUACUUUGACGAGAUUGUCCUCCCAACCGCCUUGAACGACGCCGCCGUCGCUAACUCCGACAACCAGUUCAAGGCCCUUGAGAAGUUGCACGAAUUGGCCUUCAGAAAGGGCUACGGCCAGCCAUUAUACUUUGACGGUAAGGCUGCAAUCUCCAAUGAGGAGGUUGUCCAGUCCGCCAAGGAAUUGUUCACCACUUCCAACAUCGAGAUUGUCGCUUCCGGUGUCGACCAGGCCGACUUGACGUCAUUCGUCUCUGAAUUCGGCUUCGCCCAGUUGCCAGCCGGCUCCCCAGCUGCCUCCUCCCAGGCCUUCUUCCAGGGUGAAUCCAGAAUCAGAGCCUCUGGCCAGAACGUCGCCACUAUUGGUGUUCCAGUCAAGACCGCUGACUUUGCUGCCUACGAAGUCUUGGCUGCCACCUUGGGUUCUGUCUUCCUCCCAUCCGCCGUCUCCCCGUUGGGCCAGAUCCAGGGCGGUGUCAACGCCUCUUCCCAAUUAUACAAGUACAAUGACGCUGGUUUGUUCACCAUCACCGUUUCCGGCGCCAACGCCUCCGCUGUCGCCGCCGGCAUCAAGGAAGCUGCCAAGUUGGCCAAGGCCGCCCCUGCUUCCAACCUCAAGUUGGCCGAAUUGGCCGUUGCUUUGCAGAAGGACCAGACCUUGACCGGCUCUGUCAACGUCAAUGUUGCCGGCGCCGAAGCUGCCAAACUCGGUAAGUUCUCCUACGUUGCCGUUGGUAACACCGAUAUCUUACCAUUCGCCGAUGAAUUGUAA